AUGGCGGUUCUCGCCUCUGGUGGCUUCACCCACAUGGCUUUAGCAGAUGACAACCCCAGCAGUCAAUCUAUGGUUCCAUCUACCACACUUGAUGAACCAAUUAUCGUGCCCGGUACUCUCCAGAAGCGAGAUGCAUACACUUGCUAUGGUACCACCAAUACUUCCGUUGCGGAUUGUCAGAAGGUCAUCGACACCAUUCUUGCCGACAAACAGAAGGACUUCACGCUCUGGCCUAACAUAUGUGCUGUAUGGAACCAGGGCACCUGUAAAGUUCGGUUUUGUGCCCAGCCCUAUGUGACAAGACCCGUCAACCGAUCUGGAACGUGGUUGGCCACUUACAUAACCACGCCAAUAUUGGAUGGAUGCAUUAGCAAAGGGAAUAUGGGGGUCUAUGGAGACAAUGAAAACCUCAAUAGUCACGCAGGCACGUACCGAGUAUGGGUAUCAUAG